AUGGGGCCGCGGGGCGGCAAUGCGGGCAGGCCAGUCGCCCUCUUGAGCGCCGCGCCACAGACCGACGGCUCCUCCAGAUCCACGCCGGAUCAGGUCUACCACGCCACAAAAUCGGCUCGAGGAGCCUCCGGCGAGCCACCGGGGACGCAGAGGGGGAGGAGCACUGCUGCGCCCGGCCGCCGCCGCCGCUCCCGCACGCCUAUCGCCGCCUCCACCUCCUCCCUCCUUGCCGGCCGCGGGUCUCCUCCUUCGUCGGUCGCCAUGUCUGCCGCCGUCUCCCCCAGCUGCAUGCUUCUGGAGCCCUUCGUCUUUCGCAAGGACGACGACGAGUCCUUCCCGGACGAGGGAGAGGCGCCCAUCAGGGCGACAGGCACCACCUCCUGGGGCGCCCAGUUCCGCAUCGCCUUCUCCCUCGCCAAGCCCCCGCAGAUCUCCCGCCUCUACGCGCAGCUGCCGGUGCCGGGAUUUCUUGAUCGCAAUGUGGCGAGUCCCUUAAGCAUCGUGGCGACCCACCGCCAUCUCGCCCUGGUUCGCGUCGCCACCUGGACGUCUGAAAUGGUUACGGUGCAGAACUUCUUCAUCUUCACCGCCGACGAGGGUCCUUCCUCAUCGCUCAAAGCGCUCCCCCCUUGUACCGAGCCCGAGUUUGACUAUACCCGCCAUAGUGUCCGGGUACCUCGUCGUCGUCGUCUUCCUGAUGGUACUCCCCGCAUGCUGCAUGUCGGAAACUUGGGCUUCUGGUGCCGAGGCAAAGAGUUCGUGGUGGCAGAGCUCACUUUUUUCAAACCGAUCAACCACGAUAAGGUCUUCGCUGACAUCUGCUUGCUGCACUCAGAUAGAGAUCAACUUGGCGCCACAUGGAAGUCCAUGCGUGUGGAAUUCCUGUCCACUGACGACCCUGAUGAUGCUGAUCUCUUUCAAAUCUCCUGGUGGUGUACCGAAGCUGUCAUCCCCUUCGACAAAUGGCUGUGCUGGAUCGACUACCACCGAGGCAUCCUCUUCUGUGACAUGUCCAAACUGCCCAACCCCCCUACCGUCUCCUUCAUCUGGUUCCCUCUGGACAGGUUGCCUAUUUCCGGCAAUCGCACGGGCACAUCCACCAUGUGCUACCGUGCCGUGUCCGUCGUCGACCGCGGCCGUGCGCUCAAGUUUGUCAAUAUCACCCGCCACGAUGGCAUUCCCUUUGAAGCACUCAAACCCGGCACCGGCUUCACCAUCACCUGCCACACCCUCGUGUUAGGUCGCGGCAGCAUGGCGUGGAAGGAGGACUACACGGUCACCUCCGGUGAGCUCUGGGAGGCCAACACUCCUGAGCGCCUCCCGCGCUGCAUCCUCAUGUUCCCUCAAGUCGACAUCGACAGGCCACAUGUAGUGCACUUCCUUUACAUUGAGUUUGGAUAUUAUGCCCGCAAGAAGAUGUGGGUGGUCUCCAUCGACAUGAGCACCAAGACUGUGGAGUCAUUUUCUCUGUAUAUCAAUGGGCAUGAGGGCCUUGAAACUGACGACGCUGACUUGAUCGACCUGAUCGAACGAAAGUCCGUGUCCCCCUGGCCCUUCCUCCCUUGUGAGUUCCCCAAGUUCCUCAAUUUAUCAAGGAAGAGGGAGCAUAUGGAAUGAGUCUAUUCCUGCCAACUUCAUGGUUGUUGUCUUCCCGACCAACCAUUUUGCAUCCGUCUGAAUGGUUCCACAAGGAAGGCUCCUGUCUUGCUUGUCAACAAGAUUGAAGGAGCAGUGUUUCAUGCUGUGGCCUAGGAAGCAUCUAUCUUUUAUGGUCUAUUUUUAUGCUGUAUGAACGGAUAAGUUAUAUCAAGUUUAUCGUGUGUCGUCAAGAAAGAAGUUUGUCGUGUGUCCUGCCUUUUUAAGUACAAUCUUUAGAUUGUGUCA